CUGAUUAUCCGGCUCCCCAAACCAGUAAUAUCAGAGGUCUCGAAUGGUUUUCAGGUCUCCCCGUUAAAUUACCUGUAUACCGCUGGAACACGUUGGUUUGCAAGGUUUCAUGGACUGCAACUGUCCUUUGACAAGAACCUCCUAUCGACAGCGUUUAGAACCCUAUCCUUUGGGCUUUGAGUCUUUACCCCGAGUCUAUGGAGCGUGCAUGAUUUUCACAGAACACUAGAAUCAAGAGUUGCGGCCAAAGUACUAGCAACAUGCCUGAACGGGGGAUCAGAAUUGCUAUUGACCGGGGUGGGACCUUCACUGACUGUGUUGGGAACCCCGGGACAGGGAGGAUGGAAGACGAUGUUGUAGUGAAGCUCUUAUCUGUGGAUCCAAGCAAUUACGAUGAUGCACCCUUGGAAGGGAUUCGCAGAUUAUUGUCUAAGUUCACAGGAAAGGAAAUCCCUCGUGGUGAGCCGCUGGAUACCUCCAAUAUCGAGAGCAUACGAAUGGGAACGACGGUCGCAACCAAUGCACUAUUAGAGCGAAAGGGGGAGGACAUCGCCCUGGUAGUGACCAAAGGCUUCAAAGACUGCUUAGAGAUCGGCAAUCAAUCCCGCCCAAACAUCUUCGAUCUCGCCAUCCGGAAACCGGAAGUACUCUACAAGCGAGUUGUCGAGAUCGACGAAAGAGUGACUUUAGAAGACUAUGCGGAAGAUCCGGAACGGACCAAGACAGAGUCCAAGCCGAUUGAAGAGGCUGGAAAAGAUGCUCAGCUUGUCCGUGGCCUUUCGGGCGAAGCAGUGCGAAUUCUUAAACAGCCAGUUGAAGACGAGAUACGGUCCCGGUUGAAGGAGGUAUAUGACUCUGGCUUGAGGAGUAUAGCAGUCUGUUUGAUGCAUGGGUACACGUUCCCUCACCACGAGGCCCUCGUGGGUAAAAUUGCCGAGGACAUCGGGUUUGAGCAUGUCAGUCUCAGUCAUCAGCUCAUGCCUAUGAUCAAACUAGUCCCUCGUGCAACGUCUGCCUGUGCCGACGCUUAUCUUACCCCGGCAAUCAAGAAGUACAUCUCCGGAUUCGCCGCAGGGUUUGCAGGAGGCAUUGGCACAGAAGCUGUCAAGAAGCAAGCGGGCGCGAAAGCUGCCAGGUGCGAAUUCAUGCAAUCGGACGGUGGUCUAGUCGAUGUCGACAAAUUUUCUGGCUUGCGAGCUGUUCUAUCCGGUCCGGCAGGAGGCGUCGUGGGCUACGCUUUGACAUCGUACGAUCGUAAAACCAACAUUCCUGUCAUCGGAUUUGACAUGGGGGGAACGAGCACUGAUGUCAGUCGUUACGGAGAGGGGAGAUAUGAUCAUGUUUUUGAAACCACGACUGCAGGAGUAACAAUUCAGUCUCCUCAACUUGAUAUCAAUACGGUUGCGGCAGGCGGAGGCUCGCGGCUGUUCUUCAGGAAUGGGCUCUUUGUGGUGGGCCCUGAGUCUGCGAGUGCCCAUCCUGGACCCGCGUGCUAUAGGAAGGGCGGUCCCUUGACGAUAACGGAUGCAAAUCUCUUCCUUGGACGUCUCCUGCCUGACUUCUUCCCAAAGAUCUUCGGAAAGAAUGAAGAUGAGGGCCUUGAUACGGAAGCCAGUGAGCAGUUGUUCAAACAGCUGACAGAUGACAUAAACUUGGAGGUUGCUGGAGAUGACAAGUCUAAAGCGAUGUCCAUCGAUGAGGUCGCAUUUGGAUUUAUCAAAAUUGCAAACGAGACGAUGACACGACCGAUCCGUUCGCUGACAGAAGCCCGAGGGCACGAUACAUCGAGGCACCGACUUGCUACUUUCGGAGGCGCUGGAGGGCAGCAUGCCGUUGCAAUUGCUGAAGCAUUGGGUAUCUCUCAGAUCUUGAUCCACCGAUAUUCUUCAGUGCUGUCGGCUUACGGCAUGGCACUUGCCGAUGUCGUAGAUGAGAGACAAGAACCGGAUUCAAAGGUGUGGUCCGAUGAUGAUAAAGAGAUUCGGGAUUAUUUGAAAAAUAAAGUGGAAGAUCUUAAAGCGAAGGCAAGGGCUGGACUCCGUGAGCAAGGCUUCUCAGUCGAGAAUAUCGUCUUUGAAGAAUACCUCAAUCUCCGAUACCGAGGAACGGAGUCAGCGCUCAUGAUCAUCCGUCCCUCGAAAGAAGUCGCUGAGAAGGAGCAUGGCGGCGAUGACUGGGCGUUCGGAAAUGCCUUUGUCAAGCAGCACGACCAGGAGUUUGGGUUCACUUUGCCUGACCGUGACAUUAUCGUAGAUGAUGUACGAGUACGUGGCAUUGGAAAGACGUUUGAAGGCUUGGAACAGACCGUGGAUGACCAGUUGAAGGAGAUCAAGCCGAAAGACGUUAGCAGAGAAGAAAAGCGAUACGGCGAGCGCAAAGUUUACUUCGAAGGGGGAAGACGCGACACACCCCUCUACAAGAUCGAGGAUCUCGAGAUCGGAGACCGGGUCAAGGGUCCAGCCAUACUCGCAGAUGGAACCCAGACAAUUGUUGUCACUCCAGGGGCCAGUGCCCUUGUUAUCAAGACUCACGUUAUCAUCAACAUUGGAGAGAGUGAGUUCAAGGACGUGAAGGUCAACACUAAAGAAGUCGACCCGAUCAUGCUGAGCAUCUUUGCGCACCGCUUCAUGGCCAUCGCGGAGCAAAUGGGACGAGCGCUCCAGAAGACGAGCGUGAGCACCAAUGUCAAAGAACGAUUGGAUUACUCAUGCGCGUUGUUUGACGAGGAUGGUGCUUUGGUCGCAAAUGCUCCUCACCUGCCUGUCCAUCUCGGGUCCAUGUCAACCUGUGUCAAGAAGCAAGCAGCAAUCUGGAAAGGCAAGCUGAAAAGAGGGGAUGUUUUGGUCUCGAAUCACCCGAUGUUUGGUGGCACUCAUCUUCCAGAUAUUACCGCGAUAACGCCAGCUUUCAACGGAGACAAAAUCGUGUUUUAUGUUGCCUCGAGAGCCCAUCAUGCUGACAUUGGGGGGAUUCUCCCUGGUUCCAUGCCUCCAAACUCGAGAGAACUGUACCAGGAGGGUGCAGCGAUCAAGUCAGAGAAAUUGGUAUCAGAAGGCAAGUUCAACGAGAAGCGAAUGGUCGAGCUAUUGUACGAUGAACCAGCCCAAUAUCCUGGAUGCAGUGGCUCGAGAAGUCUUGCGGACAACAUCAACGACUUGAAGGCCCAGGUGGCAGCAAACCAGAAAGGAAUCAAUUUGAUCAGCACUCUGAUUGAGGACUACGGCGAGGAUGUGGUGAAGUUCUACAUGAAGAGCAUCCAAGAUAAUGCGGAGAUGAGCGUCAAAGCCCUUCUUAAGAAUGUCUAUAAGCGGUUCGAAGGCAAAGAUCUAUCAGCCACCGACUACAUGGAUGAUGGAAGCCCUAUCAAACUGAAAGUCAAGAUUGAUCGUGAGAAAGGAGAAGCUGAGUUCGACUUCACUGGAACUGGACCAGAAGUCUACGGCAAUAUCAACGCACCAGAGGCCAUCACGUACUCUGCGAUCAUCUACUGUCUUCGUUGUCUGGUUUCUGAGGACAUCCCCCUGAAUCAAGGAUGUCUGAAGCCAAUUCAUGUCAAGAUCCCGAAGAAGUCCUUCCUUUCUCCCUCAGACAAAGCCGCUGUUGUAGGGGGCAACGUCCUCACGAGUCAGCGAGUCACCGAUGUGGUACUAAAAGCCUUCCAAGCCUGUGCAGCUUCUCAGGGUGACUGCAACAAUUUGACCUUCGGCUUCGGUUCAAACGCAGUAGGGAAAGCCGCCGUGAAAGGCUUCGGAUACUACGAGACCAUUGCAGGCGGCUCCGGGGCAGGACCGACCUGGAAUGGCACAUCCGGAGUCCAUGUACACAUGACCAAUACACGCAUCACCGAUGCCGAGGUCUUUGAGCGUCGUUACCCCGUCAUCCUACGCGAAUUCAACCUUCGCGCUGGAAGCGGUGGGCGAGGACAACAUCAUGGAGGCGACGGAGUCAUCCGAGAUAUUGAAUUCCGCAUCCCAGUUCAAGUCAGCAUCCUCAGCGAGCGCCGUGUUUACCAUCCAUACGGCCUGGAAGGAGGUGAAGACGCAGUUUGCGGGAUGAACGUGUGGGUCCGAAAGGUGGAACGGAGCGACGAGAAUUCCGACAGCGUCGCUUCAACGACCAUCGUCGAUGACGAUGAGGUGAGGUAUAUCAACUUGGGCGGCAAGAACACGGCGGAUAUGAAACCGGGGGAGAGAAUCAUCGUUAUGACGCCCGGAGGAGGUGGUUGGGGUCCGUUUGGCGAGGAGAGCAAGGCGCAGAAGCAAGCGGAUCCGAAGCUGGCUUGGAGAAAGGGUAGUGUUGCGCUGCGCCAGGAUAUGGCGGAGGCAUCCGCAUGAAUGUCAUGAAUAGAUCUCGAUAUUCGGGACGAUUCCGACUUCUAAGAGAGAAUAGAAUCCCUUCUUCCUCAGUUUUCUCCUAUCUUCGGCUUCCAAACAAGGUGCUUUGCUGAAUCGACGUCUUCGUCCCAUUCGACCUCACACCGCUAACAACAACGAUCGGCGGGUGAGAAGGAACCAGCCGCAUACCAACACCAUGACAGAGUUGAGCUAUCCUGAAGGCAUAAACAAGCUAAAUUCGACUGCGGUCAUCCUGUAUACUAGCUACGAUUCAUGUAGCACAACCCCAAACUUACC